AUUGUCCUAUUUAAUAAGUCUGCUAGUGCAGAGCAGUAAAUUGAUUUAAUACAGAGGCAUUCUACAAUUACAGAACUUCUAAUAUAAGGAUGAUAACACAUUGAUUGCCCCAGGGGCGGACUGACAACUCAUGGGCCCCCGGGCAAUAGGGGAUUAUGGGGCCCCUGUGUCCUGGCCCACACUCAAACCACACCCAAAAAAAGCCUAUGAAAGGUACCAGGGACAUUUCAUGGGGCCCCCUACUGACCCCGGGCCCUCGUGUAUUGCCCGAGUUCCCCAA